UAGAUCAAGUCACGUGACAUUACAUGUGAAGACGGAAGAUUUACCAAACCAACAAAAGAUCGUUUCAGCUAAAUAACAGAAAACUUGCAAUCGAUUCGUUUGAAAUGCCCAAAUACUAUUGUGAUUAUUGUGACACCUAUCUGACUCAUGACUCACCUUCUGUCAGAAAGACCCACAAUUCCGGGCGAAAACACAAAGAUAAUGUGAAGUUUUACUAUCAAAAAUGGAUGGAAGAACAAGCACAGUCACUUAUUGAUCAAACAACCAAAGCAUUUGAACGUGGUGCCAAGAAAGGCCAAUUUGCAAGCAUCCCUCCACCGGGAAUGUUACCACCGGGUAUGCUGCCACCUCCGGGAGCCAUGCCUCCACCUGGCGCGAUGCCAUUUGGUAUGCCUCCACCGGGAGGUAUACCCCCACCUCGAGGGAUGGCACCACCUCCAAGAAUGGGUGGCCUACCAAACAUGCCUCCGAACAUGAGACCCCCAAAUAGCAUGCCAGGACAAAUGAACAAUGCACCUGGUCAACGCAACAUGGGUGGGCGAGGCAUGCCUCCUCCUCAUGGGGGAAGCCCGAUGGGCAUGCCUCCACGUGGUGGGCCUAUGAUGAGGGCUAGGUAGAAUCAUUUUUAACCUUUUGAUGUGUGACGCACACAACAGUUGAAUCUACUCAGAUUCGACCGAACUGCAAAGAACUCAAAAAAUGCCUUCCUGAAAUAUUUUCUUGACUGAAAUAGUCAUUAUGAAAUUGCGAGAUUGACACGUGCUAGAGAAAAGCCAAAAUAGACUUCUUGUAUUUCUUGCCUAGGCAAUGAUUUUGUAUUGCGUAAAUGUUAAAAGUUAUUCGCGUAGUAGCGCUCAUCUAUAUUGUAUCAUGGUUUUUUCCGAGAUGGAUUUCAAAUGUUUUCAAAUAACGUAAUAAUUAAAUGAGAUUAGUGAGCUAUUUUUAUCAAAAGAAA